GUCGCGCAGACGCCAUUUACAGUACUGCUGCAGACAGCCGACGAAUUUCAGCCGAAUUUAGCUAAAAUGUAGUUCGCCGACCCAACUGCAGGCAGAUUUUCUGACAACUUCGGAAACCGAGCUAUUCCGACAUACGUCAAGGUCACGUGUCACCUUUUUCCACCGGACUGUUUUCGCGCUUUUUCUCAUUUGGCAGCCAAGAUGGUGAAGAAAGACGCUAUAAUCGCCGAAUUCGAGAAUGUCGGUGUUUCUAAACUCUCCGACGGCACUAUUUCCAAGUGCCUGGACAUUUGCGAUCAGUAUGAGCUAGAUGAGGAGGAAUUGGCCGAGCAGUGGGUGGCUUUCAGCGCGUCUCAUUUGGGAUGGCACAACAAGGUGGACGAAGACAUUUUAGCCCGCAUGGUAGCCGAGAUGGAGAGGGAGAAAAAUAAGGCGAAAAGCAUAGCCAAGCCGAGGGUUAGCAGUCUAGCCAAAUCAAAUUUAAGCGCAAGCAUCCCAUCUGGAUACGUGACACCACAGAGGGCCAAACCUGUGAGCCGAAUCAGCUCUGAACAUGAUUCAACCCUUGCCGACUUUUCCCCAGCAAGCUAUUCGCCUGCCAUAUUCACCCCUUCUGGCAAGAAAAGCGCGUCUGAAAAUUCUGGCAAAAUUGUCUCUGAGUUUGGAAGCUCCAAUGAAGCCACUUGGAAGGCAAGCAAUGUGCGGAGAGUGUCCGUUGAGUCCUUGGCAACUGGCAGCGGCGUCCUCACCAGCCAGUACAAGCACAUGUUUGAACCAGCCCACCUGACUAGAGCCAUUCUCAGCGACAGGAUCGACUUCUUGGGCGAACAGCUGCGCAAGCAAAAUGACUUGCCCGAGUUUUCUUCCCUGGAAGAACAACAUGCCGACGACGCUGUGUUUGUUGGUCGAAUCAGCUGUUGCGCUGAAGAUUUGAAACUGACGGCAAACUCUGUGGUCAUCACCAGCGCCUCAGAUAAAGACGCCGAAAUGCCUCUGAAUUUGCAGAAAGUGGAAAACUACUCGCACUUCACUGGUCAGGUGGUUGCUCUCCUGGCGCAUCAUGCAGGAGGCAAGCUGGUCCCCUCUAAGGUUUUCACUGAUGUUGGCCUCAAGUCAUCAGAAAAUCCGCUUUCCUUUGAUUUUUCCACUGGGCCUAUGGAGAUAGUUGUCGCUGCUGGUCCUUACACUUUCUCAGACGCCCUGACUUACGAACCUCUGCAGGCACUGACCAAAUACAUCAUAGAAAAUAAGCCCCAUUUGGUGAUCUUGUGCGGCCCUUUUGUGGACUCGCAUCAGCAGCAUGUCCAAGACUCCAUGAUGGAGGGAUCUUACGAGCAAUUCUUUAUGAGACUCCUGAUAGAUGCCCUGGGACCUUUAGCAGGUCAGCACACGAGGAUCGUCGUAGUUGCUUCAAGCCGGGAUGCGCAUCAUCUGCCAAUCUACCCUUCACCGCCAUACAGCCUCUCUGCUGCAGACAAGAAGGCCUUGCCUGACAACGUGACUUUGGUAUCUGAUCCAUGUUUGCUUGACGUCGACGGGUUGAUCAUUGGAGUCACUUCAACGGAUAUUUUGAAGCAUAUAGGACCUUGUGAGAUUUCAAGCCAAAGCUCCGACAGACUGGGCCGCCUUGCUAAUCACCUGCUGCAGCAGGCUUGCUUUUACCCCCUGCAUCCCGCUCAAACCAGCAUUGCUUUGGAGGCGUGGGAGAAGUAUGCACAGAUGCCUGUCAAACCACACGUGCUCGUUCUGCCCUCAGACUUGAGAUUUUUCAUUAAGAAUGUUGAUGGCUCUCUGGUAGUGAACCCAGAAAGGCUCGCCAAAGGGGUAGGUGGUGGCACUUUUGCCAGAUUGGAGCUCGCCAAACCUGCUGAGGAUAAACCUUUCCCUGAGAAUGUCCGAGCUCAAAUCGUUAAAAUUUAAAAAUGGAUAAGUGAAUAAAGAUUUUGCAACUCAA